GCUGUCAGUCAGUGGGUCUUUCUCUUUCGUUUCACUUCACAAACAAAACAAAUCCUUUUCCGUAGUGUUCUCGUGCCGGGGUUUCGUUGUUGCGGGUAGAACACACCACUUCUCGACUGAACAUGAACUUUCUGCGGCAAACUUUCAACCUCACGAAGUGCUUAGCCGGCGAAGCAUUCUCAUCAAUCCUGCAGCGCGGCACAAUGGCCACCCUGAACCAGAUGCACCGGACUGGACCUCACGUAAAAGUGCGGCCUCCGCGCCAGCCGCUCGACGGAAAGCCGUUCGCCAAGGGUGUGGUGCUGAAGACGUUGAUCAAGAAGCCGAAGAAACCGAACUCGGCCAACCGGAAGUGUGUUUUGGUGCGCCUGUCAACGGGCAAGGAGCUGGUCGCGUACAUUCCCGGCAUCGGGCACAACCUACAGGAGCACAACAUCGUGUUGGUGCGCGUUGGUCGCUGCCAGGAUCUGCCCGGAGUGAAGAUCAAGUGCGUCCGCGGAAAGUACGAUCUUCCGCACGUGAUCAAGCAAAAGUAGGAUGAAGCGCACUGACUGGUAGUGCGGAAGUGAAAUCAAACAGAACGCGUAGAACGGCUGGAGUAGGCAUUUAAUGGUGUUCAAAACCAACAAAAAAAAAUCAAUAAACAUUUUAUUGACGAGCCAAACACUAUGAAUGUGAUGGAGAGGU